GGCAGAAAGAGCUCAGCUAGAAAUGGUGGUCCAAAUAAUUCUUCUGGUGAUCUGCACCAUCUGCCUGAAGCACUAUGCCAAAGGGGAGUUUCAACAAAGUCUGGCCAUAACCGACAUCUUGCCCGAGGACAUCAAGCGCUACGAUAAGAUGAGACCGCCCAAGAAGGAGGGCCAGCCCACAAUAGUCUACUUCCAUGUGACGGUGAUGGGUCUGGACUCCAUCGAUGAGAACUCGAUGACCUAUGUGGCGGACGUGUUCUUCGCCCAGACUUGGAAGGAUCACCGCCUGAGAUUGCCGGAGAAUAUGACACAGGAAUACCGAUUGCUGGAGGUGGACUGGCUGAAGAACAUGUGGCGACCUGAUUCGUUCUUCAAAAACGCCAAAUCGGUAACCUUUCAGACGAUGACCAUACCCAAUCACUAUAUGUGGCUGUACAAGGAUAAGACCAUACUCUACAUGGUUAAGCUGACAUUGAAACUGUCCUGCAUCAUGAACUUUGCCAUCUAUCCACACGACACACAGGAAUGCAAGCUGCAGAUGGAGAGCCUAUCCCACACCACAGACGACCUGAUAUUCCAGUGGGAUCCCACCACGCCCCUGGUGGUGGACGAAAACAUCGAGCUGCCGCAGGUGGCUCUCAUCCGCAAUGAGACGGCGGACUGCACCCAGGUGUAUUCCACGGGCAACUUCACCUGCCUGGAGGUGGUGUUCACCCUGAAGCGCCGCCUGGUCUACUACGUCUUCAACACCUACAUACCCACCUGCAUGAUCGUGAUCAUGUCCUGGGUAUCCUUCUGGAUCAAGCCGGAGGCGGCACCGGCCCGCGUGACCUUGGGCGUCACCUCCCUUCUCACCCUCUCCACGCAGCACGCCAAGUCGCAGUCCUCCCUGCCACCCGUUUCCUAUCUCAAGGCCGUGGACGCCUUCAUGUCCGUCUGCACUGUGUUCGUGUUCAUGGCCCUCAUGGAGUAUUGUCUGAUCAACAUCGUCCUAAGUGACACGCCCAUUCCCAAGCCCAUGGCAUAUCCUCCGAAGCCAGUGGCGGGGGAUGGGCCCAAAAAGGAGGGAGAGGGAGGGGCUCCUCCGGGUGGCAGCAAUUCGGUGGCCAGCAAACAGCAGGCCACUAUGUUGCCACUGGCCGAUGAGAAAAUCGAAAAGAUUGAGAAGAUAUUUGACGAGAUGACCAAGAACAGGAGGAUUGUGACCACCACUCGACGUGUGGUGCGUCCGCCGCUGGACGCGGACGGUCCGUGGAUUCCGCGGCAGGAGUCGCGAAUAAUUCUGACUCCGGGGAUUGCGCCGCCGCCACCGCCUCCGCCGCCGGCGGCACCGGAACCGGAACUACCGAAGCCCAAGCUGACCCCCGCCCAGGAGCGGCUCAAGCGGGCCAUCUACAUCGACCGCUCCUCGCGCGUCCUGUUCCCCGCCCUCUUCGCCAGCCUCAACGGCAUCUACUGGUGUGUGUUCUACGAGUAUCUGUAAGAACCGCGAACCGCGAACUACGAACUACGACCUCUUCGGCCCUGUACAUACACACUUCGCUAGCUCUCUCUGGCGCUCCAUCCGAGUGUUAAACGUUGAUUGUUCGCAUAUAUCGAAACGUAUAUCGCAAAUUUACUCUUAAGCUUUCACGCACAAGCUUUAAGUCAAUGAAUUUUAAACAUAGAUGAUUGUUGAACCACAAGAAAAACAAAAAAAAGACGAAAAGGAAAGAAAAAGAAGGAGUUAUGAAUACAGGAUAAAUUACAAAUUACCAAUUAAAUUCCUAAAAAUGCUUAAAGUUAAUCAAGUGACGUUGUAGCUGAUGUAGAUUAAGUGAAUUGUAAUUUAAUGUCUCAAACAAAUGCUUUUAAUUGUAA